CAAAUGUUUCGAUCCAUUCGAAACAUGAAAGUUUUUUCCUAAGUUUUUGUUGAAAUAAAAAAAACAUCAACUGAACAAAUGGAUUCAAAUUGUAAAAGAAAGAUUGAUUUUAUCUCAUUAACAUCAUCUACAAUCGAGAAGAAAAUAAAAAAUGACGUGAAAGAAUGUUUUGAAAACUACCGAUUGUUCCCUGAUGAAACUGGAGAUGAACAGUUGACAAAAGCACAAGAUUCCAUUCGACAGUACAUGAAAAUGUUUGGUGAAAUUGUCACUGAUCCUGAUUUGUACGAAGCUAGCCUCACCAAAUUGACUUCUAUUAUUGAUAAACUUAAAGCCAAUUGUAGAGAUUUUAUCAAGAAUCCACAAUUCAUCAGAUUAUUUGAUUCAUUUACGGACGAUUUGUCAAAAAAUGCUAAUUCUUCCAUAGUAAACAUUGCCAUCACUUUGCAUAACGAUUUGAUGAAAGAAUUGUACCGAUUCACACUUCCAACAAAAAGUGAACAUUCCAAAGUUGGAUUGGAUAGAAAAACACAACGGAAAAUUAAUAAAUUGACUCUACAUUUGAAAAAAAUUCAGGAUAAACUUUUUGAAUGCCAAUUAAGACCAUUAACAUUGGAUGAAAUGGAAGACGAAACAGUGUUCACUAAAUACAUACCACGUCUCGAGAAGCAAGCCGUACAAAUAUGGCAGCGACGAGAAACAUUAUUAAAUCGGUCAACGGAUUCUGGUUCACAGUUGUACAGAAAAUUUACAUAUAAUCAAUUAGACGAUCCUCAAUUAAAUCAAAUUGUUGAAGACUAUUUUAAUCAGUAUCUUUUUUCAUUAAGUAAAGCUGAAAAUGAAACGUUACAAUCCAAAAAGCUAACAGUAAUCAAGCUGCCCAUGUUCACCAUUUUUGAUCUCAAAGAAGCCAUUUCAGACCAACUGAAUGCCAAAAAAAUUGACUUUCAGCUAACAGAUGAUGUUCUCAUUCGAAUCUAUCGGCAUAUAAUUGAUGAGAUGGACAAAAGACGUAGCGCUAUCCAAUGUGAAUGUCUGGAUAAUUAUCAUAUACUAAAUUAUACAGAUUCACCAGAUUCUACAGUGGCCAUUGAAAAUGAUGCCGGUUUGAUUGAACAAUUGGAAAGAAAUUCCGUUGAAGCCAAGGAUAGAAUGGAAACAUUGAUAACCGAGUACAAGAAAAAAGAUCUUGAAAUAAAUGGUCAUCCAACAAAUGAUGAUUCUAAAUCACUUGGCUGGGAUGACGACAAUAACGAUGAUGACAGUGAUGAAGACGACAACGAUAUCGAUGAUGAUGAUAAUGGUGGUGAUGAUGAUGAUGAUGAUGAUGUUGGCAGUGAUGAUGACAAUGACGAUAAUAAUAAUUGAAAUUGGCCAUUGUGUGUUCAUAAAUAUUAUUUUAAAAAAUAAUCAAUAAAAACUUUUUUCAUGUUUUCA